AAUUGUUUGAUGUGUUGUUGCUCCGGCUCGGGCUAACUGGCUCGUUGCACUGUGUUCUGCUCGUACGAUACGCGCGGUAUUCGUAAAGCGGCCCUCCACAAUAUGCAAGGGAGGAGAGUGCGCGCCCGUUUGUUGUGUUGUGUUGUUUCAAGGGAUUUUUCAUUAGAGAAGCUUAGUAUUUGCACGACGUUCGGAUAAAUAAGACAUAGAAAGUAUGCAAUGCCUGACAAAAGCCAUGGUUUUUCGCAGGUGACGAGUAUACAAAUUUCGAUGUGACUUGAUUGGUACAAACAUACCUUUCAGUAUUCGAGUCUGCGGCAUUAACAAAAAAUAAUUGAUGUGUUUUAGUUCUAGCAUGCUAAGUGAAUGUACCUAGUUGGUGUGAAAUACGAAUACAAUGUUUAAAAUAGUUAACGGGUCGACGGUUAUUAGCUGUCGGAAUUAAUAUAGGUGAAAUACAAAUGCUUCGCAAGAGCCGAAGUGGCAAAAAAGUGGCAGUGAUUAGCGUAAAAUAAUCGCGUAGAAUUACAACUGAUUAAGUUCCUAUAGUAUCCAUUGCAUUAUUCCGAGAGAGAGUCCUGUGGUGAAAUAAAAAAAGUGUUUUCUAAUUAUGUGUCUUCAGGUUGGUAAAUCCCUUCCGAUUGUGUGACGCAAGUUGAGCGGCGCGCGAGAAAAUUCAGCGCCAGCGAGCAACAAGAAAGCAGAAAGUGAGAAUCGAAGGCAAAAAAUUUUAAGAUUUAUGAUUCGAUUGCAAUCACCGUAUAGGAAACCGAGGAAAAGGCGACGCAAGAAAAAAGAGAUAAUUUAUUAGUAUUGGAUUCAAAUUCAAAUAAAAAAUAAGAAGAAAAGAAUAAGAGAAAGGAAAGCCGUUUUGGUGACAACCGCAACGGAUGAUUCUCUAGAGAAAGUGAAAGUGUGAAUGAGAAAAUAAAAAAGUUGGUAGUCAAUUAAUAGCGCGCUUCUUUGCGGAAGGAAGUGAGAAAACUCUCGUUGAAGGGGCGAAAGAAAAAGCUGAUACCAGUUAAAAUCCUACGGACGUAAUAGCAGCCCGACAUCGAUGUGCCGUCACCUCACUUAGAAGCAGCUUUUUCACAAUUUGUUUCCUGAUUAUUUGAUUAUUGGAAAUUAUUUACUGCAACAGAUCACAACCAAUAUUGAAACCCGGAUUAGUGUGUAUGGAUGUAUUUGUGCGCGUACGUUAGCAGUUCGACUUUUCUGUUCUAAGUGGAAUUUCUGUGAGAUUGAGUGUGAUUUCUAACAUAAAAUACACUGAGCAAGUAUUUUUCAUCUUAUUCAUAAUCGAGUUUGUAAAAAUAUCAUCUUCACAAAAAUCACGCAUGCAAGGCAUCAAUUCGCAAAAAAGUCAAUACACAAUAAAAAGCUUUUGUGAUAGUUUUAUAAAUCAAGUAAGCCUAUUUUAAGAAAAUAGUGAAAGUAUUAAGUGAAAGUGUGCAAGGUUUUAUGGUAGCAGAAUAAUCACCGUUGAAUUCAUGAGUUGUAUGCAACGUUCAUUAAUCCAAGAUGAAACAGAUGGUUGAAUACUAAUCUCCUCGAUAAUCAGGAGCUGUUUGUUUGGAUUUUGUGGAACAGCCUUCCAGCUGCUUUCGAGGCAAGGUCAAAGAUACGACCAAGCUUGAGCCUAAACCAAACUUUUCAUAAUGACGAUGAGUACAAAUAACUGUGAAAGUAUGACUUCAUACUUUACAAAUUCCUAUAUGAAUUCAGACAUGCACGGUCACUAUCCUGGAACUGGUGUGGACGGAUUAGAUACUAGUCAGCAAAUGUACCAUCACAGUCAGGGCCAUGCGGGCCAGGGAAAUAUGCCACCUUAUCCGCGUUUUCCACCAUACGACCGGAUGGGAUAUUACCAACAGAACAUGGAUCCAGCCGGAUAUGCGCGAGCCGAUAGUCCAUCGAGUCAGGUGGGUGGUGUGAUACCUCAGCAAACGAAUGGCAAUCCCUUACAGCAAACGCAAGUACAACCUCAACAACAGCAACCAAUAGUUUACGCUAGCUGUAAAUUACAGGCCGCAGUAGGUAACGGCCCAAAUGGGAUAGGAACGUACGGUGCUGAAAAUGGUUCCCCUCCACUGGAACAGUUGGGUCACCAUAUGAACACUGCGCAAAUGACAAUACCUCAGCAUCAUAUGGCACAUGCCCAGGGUCAGGAUUGUUUCUCGCCCGACCAGGUGCACCAGAAUCCACAGCACAUGGGAAUGUAUACAAACGCUGGUGGUGGUCCCCCCGGAGUUGUGCCGCAACAACCACCGAAUAUGAUGCACCAGCAACCUCCGCAAUUACACCAAGGACAGCAACCACCGCCAAAUAGUCAAAAUUCCAACUCUGGACUACAGUCUCCACUCUACCCGUGGAUGAGGAGUCAGUUCGAACGAAAACGUGGCCGACAAACAUACACCCGGUACCAAACUCUAGAACUUGAGAAAGAAUUCCACUUUAAUCGAUAUCUGACCAGGCGGAGGAGGAUCGAAAUCGCCCAUGCACUAUGUUUGACAGAACGUCAGAUCAAAAUCUGGUUUCAAAAUCGAAGAAUGAAGUGGAAAAAGGAAAACAAGACAAAGGGUGAACCAGGUUCCGGAGACGAGAAUGACAUGACCCCGCCGCAAUCACCGGCGUAAACAACUGUCCUCAUCUCUAACUAGCUUUUAAAGUACUAGCAAUUUCUGUAAAAGUUUCCUCCUUUAAGUACAGUGAAGUCAUUUUUAUUAAGUUUACAAAGUAAUUAUCGUCACGCUCAUUUUCAAAUUGUUUCUUUAAAAUUGAACUUUGAAAAUCUAGAUUUUUUCCUAAUUUUUCAAGCAGUCGCCAAGCAUACGCAUUGAUCAAAAGUUAAUCUUCUUAAGGACAUGUUUACUGUAUACAGGAAAACAUGUUUACUAAUUUAUUAUAAACAUAAUAAGAAGAAAAAGCAAAACAACUCAUGUGACCUCAGAACUAAUAUUAAUUUAGAAUUACAAGAUCUAUACAUUCAACAAAACAGAUCACAGGCUAAAGGAAACAGAGAAAAAUUAAAAGAAAUGUGUGAAAUAAUUGUGCAAUGAGCAGAAACUCUUUUAUCAGUUUUAGAUGAAAGGUUACUAUUUGAGGAAGAACAGAAGAAAAUAUUCUAAUAAUACACGUACAAAAGUGCUUGAAUAUUCGAAAAAAAUAAAAAAAAAUAAUGAGGAAUAACAAAUCAAAAAAUUAUAUCAAGUACUUGGCAAGUCUUUGUUCUUAUUUAGCUUGCAAUAGGACAUUACUUCUUUAGGACAUUUCUGUUUCCGAAACCAUUCAUUUUGACCCCUUUCGGGGUGAUUUUAACCUCACUCAUAGCAAACGAUAGGUGAAAGAUAAUACCCAAACCAACUAUACCAAAGGCAAUAGUUUAAUUUAAUCACAAUCAUUUGCAUUCAUUUUAUUUAAAUCUCGCAGUAUAGGAACAGAUAUAAUUUAUUUGAUUUUUACUGUUGUUACUCAUUCAUACGUGCCCAUAAAAACUAAAUUCCGAGAAAUUUUUUUCUCAUGUGUAUUAUAAUAUGCUCUAUAUUAUAGCAAUACAGUCGGAUCCCAGUGAUGAAAGUUAAAUUUCCAACUUGAGUUAUAAUUGUCUUUGACAGGUUUUAUUUGCAUAAUUAGGCACAAACGAGUUAAGAAAGAACUCAUCAAACAUCUAUAUACGAAAGGCGGUAUACGACUCUUGUAGGAAAACUGUAAAGUAACCAGUUUAGAUAUAUCUUACAAAAAACAUCAUUCAUACUAUUGGCGAUAGUUUGACAAAAUAAAAUCAGAUCAUACCGGUGUAAAAUAUCCGCUGGAUUUUGGAAAAUUAGGAUACGUAAACAAAAUAUUGUGAUUUUUUCUGAAGCACCACCCAUUGUUUUCGGGGCUGGUAAAAAAAAAUUGCUGCAGAUGCAACAAAAAUACGUAAACAAGGUGAAAUGUGUAUUUAUAAUGUAUACAAAACCUAAUUCAUGAAAAAUAGAGUAUGCGUAAAACACAUGACAGUAGCCUAUAAGGAUUGUGUAAUUAAUACAAACAUUACUAGAAAGAAAGAUGCAAGUCCCAAAAAUGUAAGUGAAUAUAAUGUAAUAACAUACGAUUGCAGAUGAUGAUAACGAUGUACGUAAAAAAAUAUAUAUAUAUAUAUAAUCAUAAUUGGUACGGGAUAAAGCUACAGAAUUAAGACAUAAAUAUAAAAUUAUCUCGUUAAAAGGACAAACAACUAUGUUAUGAAUAAAUGAGAUCCUACGAUACUUUGAAUAUGAGAUAAUGUAUUGUAACAAACUUUGUAAAUACCUGACCCACACAAACUGGACAAGUAAUAAAC